AUGGGGUGUCUGGUGAGCAACACCGUGGUGGGUAGGCCCACAUCGUCGUCGAUUCCCUCCUCCCCAAAGGCGAGCUUUCACAACAGCCUUCUUGGAGGGCCAGGAGCCAUGCCCGGGAGUCGCACCGGCGGCAGCAGGGAGCCCUGUGGGCCAUUGAUAACGGCGAACGGACCCUCUCCUCGUAGCAACCCAGGCGGCUCUGUCAGCAUGGGCAAGUGUGAUUGGACGAGUAGCAGCGAAGAGGGUCGCAGGCGAGGUGUCGAGAAUAGAGCAACGCCGCCGCUUCUGCGUAUUUCUCCGCAGGGCAUGAAAGUGACACCGACCUUGAAUGUGGCCGAUGCGCCCAACCCAUUCACGCCGAUGGUGGCAGCGAAGCCGAGCAAGACAGUUUCUAGUUCGGUAAGUGUGCCACGGAGUCCAUGUCUGCAGCUGACCACAAGCCCCGCUGACGGCGCUUUGCCUUCUGCGGCGACGAGGCGCCUGAGGGAAGCCGGGCACCGUUUGGAGUCCUCGAGAACGUCUUCCACGGUCUCAGCGUCGGAGGCUCCCCACAACAUGCACCUCGCGCAGCCACCACUACCGCCACAUUAUCCGAGGGGGUCCUUGACCGGCUUAGCAGAUCUGCAUUACACACGUGAGUCUAUGCUGUCCGACAUCUCCGACCAUCUCAGCACCAUGAGCACGCUGGCCCACAGCGCGGAUUGCAACUCAAGUUGCGGCAGCCCCUAUGAGGACCGAAACGGCACCAUCAACCCCUUCUUCCGCAGUGAUGUGGGCCUGGAGGCGAGGCGGCAACAGACCCCACUGGGCAUCGAAGAAGACCUCUUCGUUUACGACGACAUCAUCAUCUCGAAGGACGAGGCGCGCACCAAGCACUGGCGCCUGGCUGGUCGAAAGCCCCUGCUUGCCAACAUGGAACCAGACAACGACAGUGGGGCAAGUGGGGCUGGUAAGAACUUCUUUUCCUUCAACGACUUCGACGUGUGCGUGGACGAGGUGGACGUCAUGCCGAUGUGCGCGGUUUCUGCAGAGGCUGUGGCGGCAUUGCAGCAGGAGGCGCUUCCGGAGACCCCAAACAAGAGGUUUAAAUCCAUGACGGUUAUGAUCACGGCAGCCAAGCAACCGAACACUGUAGCGCACUUCUUAGCCCAGUCCCGCUCCAAGGAGCCCAAGGCGAAUCGGCCAUUACGCAGCUUUCAGACAAGUGCGCACAUAGGGCAUGCAACGCGUGUCAAGUGCAUCGCUCUCUCGCCGACCGAGAUGGAUUUUGCCAGCUGCAGCAACGAAGACGCUUCCAUCACACUGAACAACUUCGGCCUCGGCAGCGAGGUGGGCAUCUUCACGGGCCAUCAGGACACCAUCAUCAACGCGACCUUCUCACCGGACGGCAAGUACCUCGCCACGGCCAGCAAAGACAAGGCGAUGAUUUUGUGGGAUGUGAUGACAACGAAGAGGCUGUUAACCUUUGCGCAUCCCAAGGUGGUGAUCUGCUGCUGCUUUAGCCCAGAUAGCAAAUACCUCGUGAGCGGCUGCCAAGACCGCGUGUGCCGUCUCUGGGACACAAAGCGAGGACGGGAGUGGCUGAGGUACGCGGAGCACAAGGGUAUCAUCAUCGCCAUAGCGUUCAGUCCAGACGGCCACUAUAUAUGUAGCGCAUCGGCGGACAAGUCGCUGAGGGUAUGGUCGGCCACGACCGCAAAGACGCGGUUCCAUCUACUUGGCCACGGCGGCAUGAUCCUAUCGUGUAGCUACACCUCCGAUGGUCGAAGCAUUAUCAGCAAUGAUGAGUUGCUCUUGCGGGUGUGGUCUGCCGAAGACGGGAGCUGCAAGUUGUCUGUCUCGCCGGGUGACAUCGCCGGCUCCGUGCGACCAAGCAACCGAGCGCCGAGGGUGGGAUGGACGCUGUCCAGCGCUGCCCCGGGCCCCUUUACGCGGCUCAUGCUUGUCGCCUGCAGCAACCGCUUUGUCUACAUCCUCGACAUGGAGACCGGACGCGAGGUGGCGAGCGUCUUCUGCAAAGCCCCUGUAUAUUGCCUGGCGGCAGGCGGCUACGAGAAGAUGGCCUGCGGCGAUAGCUUUGGUAAUAUCUACAUGCUUCACUUGAUGUAA